AUGCCGCCCGCAAUGGACGACAAGGAGCGCAAGUACAUCCUAGUGCACGACCCGUUUGGGUAUGGUCCGUGGAUCUCCUUGCUGCUCAUGGUCUUCCUGGAGGUCGCCAUAGGUCGGCUCUUCAAUAAUGUGCUCCUACUGUAUGGUGGUGCGAGCGCGGGGGCGAACUCUGCUCUUUUGAGUAUACGGGCUGGCGCUGGUCACCGUAUGUCGCUGUCCCUUGCUUGGGAACAAAUGUCUUUUGGAUGCGUCCGCGAAGGGUGUGCGAUAUCACUCCACGGAGACCGUGCUCCGUGUGGUCGACAGGUAUCGCUGACCGAGCUGUCAGCAGUGGCUUUGGUCACCAUCGGCUGA